GUAUGCCGAGAUGUGUGGAGUUUUGUGUUGUUCUUACAUCUAUGCAAAGUGUGGGUUUCGGGUGGAAGCUAAUUAAAGGGUUCAGCCAUUAAAACAAGAUUUCAGAUGCUGACGGCUGACGAGUGUUGACAACAGUUCCGGCUCCAAACAGCCUCGCAACGCCUCGCACCAGCCUGCAGCUCUUCGACAUGUCCCGAAUCUCACGCGUCAUGCGGGUGCUGUUGGCCUUGCUUGCUGCUUGGGCGUCUAUGGAUUUGUGCUUAGUAAGCACUUCGAAUGUCUUGCUGAUCGGAAACCCCGGCACUGGCAAGAGCACUAUCCUGAACGGCUUGAUCGGCAAACCGGCUUUCAGAUCCGGCGUGUCCUACGGCAGUGGCCUCACCUACCAGUUUGACAAGGUAGAAGAAGGAGGAAUUCGGUAUAUGGACACCCCGGGCCUUUCAGAUGUCACUAUGCGUCAGAAGGCAGCAGAUGCUAUCACUGAAGCGCUCAAGCAAGAAGGCACGUACAAGAUCUUCUUUGUAGUGGUGCUUCAGAAUGGCCGUGUGCGGGCCGAGGAUAUUGCUACAAUGUCAUCAGUUCUCAAGGCAGCGCCCAUUAACGGCACCGACUAUGGCCUGAUCACAAACCAGCUCCCUCCCCGCGAAUUCAAAGAUCUUCAGUCACUACCAGAUGUGGCGCAAGAAGUGCUUGGCAGUAUUUGGUGUACCAUGCCCGAAAAGGCAACUCCCCAUGUCCACUUUUUGCCGCGCGACGAUGAGCUGGAAGGAGCAGACGAUGUGGUGAAGCCUUUGCCCAAGGAUUGUGUUGACUUCAUAGAUAUGACACCUGGCGUGGAGAUCAAGGGCGAAGAAGUGAAACAGGUCCAGGCUGACGGGUAUGAAGAGCAAGUGACGCAGCUUGAACAGAAGCUCUCCGACUUGUUGAGGGACAAGGAAGCGAUGCAAGCUCAGAUGAGAGAAGCUUUCAAGGGCAGAGAGAAGGAGACGGCGAAGGCGAUGAGCAAGAUGUUGGGAAUUCAACGGGAUAUUUUCCUGAACAUGUUUAAAGCUGCGCAGCCUGCGCAGCGAAUGCCAGACCUAGUCAAAGAUGUUGCCCUUGUCAGCUUGGCGUUCAAGUUUUUUGCCCACUAAUUGGACAAUGGGCAUAGAGGACUUGAGUGGAGACAGGGACCCACGUAAUGAAGCGGCAGCUGGCUUUCGUCCCCCCCUUCUCAGGUAUAUGGAUUAGAUGUUUAACAAGUGAUAAUCACCAAUGUGGAGUUCUCAACUGAUAUGUUGAGAAAAACAUCGC